CAACAAACAACCUCGGGACUUCUCCUCAACAUCGACGAACGACGUUGCUACUCUUUGGCAAGUGCUUCCUGAGCACAUGCCACAGGGUGACGUGAAAUGGACGACUUUAAUAGCGAGACGGAUAGCGACUACACCAGUUACUGGAGAGAUUGGUUCAUUUCAUCGAGGGGCAACGAAUACUUUUGCGAAAUCGAUGAAGACUACCUGACCGAUCGAUUCAACCUCACCGGCCUGAAUACCGAAGUCCAAUAUUACCAAUACGCCCUAGACUUAGUCACAGAUGUUUUCGACCUGGACUGCGACGACGAGAUGAGAGAGACGAUCGAGAAGUCGGCGAGACACCUUUAUGGGCUUGUGCACGCGAGAUAUAUCGUCACAACAAGGGGUUUGGCAAAAAUGCUUGAAAAGUACAAAAAGGCAGAUUUUGGCAAAUGCCCGCGAGUGAUGUGCAAGUCACAUCCCUUACUACCAAUGGGACAAUCAGACAACCCAAACGUAAAAGCAGUCAAGCUUUAUUGUGCCAAGUGCGAAGAUAUCUACAAUCCGAAAUCCUCCCGCCAUUCAGCAAUUGACGGAGCAUACUUUGGGACUUCCUUCCACAAUAUCAUAUUCCAAGUUUACCCUGCCCUGAUCCCGACGAAGAGCUAUGAUAGGUAUGUGCCGCGGAUAUACGGCUUCAGGGUUCAUGCCCCAGCGACUUUGAUAAGAUGGCAAAAUGGGAAACGAGACGAUAUGCGGAAACGGUUAAGAAAACUCGAGAUUGAGAGCGGAUUCAAAGAUGAUGAGGAAGAAGUCGAGGCAGAAGAUUCGGAGGAGGAAGAAGAAGAAGAAGAGGAUGGGGAUAUGGAUGCUUUGGAAAAUGGAGAGAUGGAUGGAGGGGAAAUGAAUAAUCAGGUGUAGUUCGACCGGCGUUACACUGAAUUCGGGUUGCUUUGGCUGUGACUCACUGUUUGCUUCUUGAUGAGAGGUCUAGGGAGGAUGGAUUAUUGCAUGUGUGGCGUUGGAACAGGACAUAUGGCGCACGAAUGUCGUCUCAGCCAGGUGUGGCUCGCAUAGAAAGCGUUUUAUUGACGAGCCUCCCUUCUCAUUGCGGCUCUCUUAAG